GGACACGUGUCAAAAUUUCGGUGUAAGUUAUAAAACUCUACAAGAUCCUGUAGAAUCGAAAUCACCCUGCGUAGGAGACUGACCACAGAAAUUUCGUUAAUCUUUCCUUUUUCAGAUAUUUCAUGAUGAAGCUUAUCUUAGCUGUAACCAUUCUAUGUAACGUGGUGAUUGCGCAGGACACUUCCUUCGUAAAACAGGUAGAGGUUUCUACCCCUACAUCCACGCCAUUCGUCUUGAAUAACCCCUCAAGAAAGAUCUGUAACGAAGAUGACAGAUGUGCUAUCGUCGAAUACGAUUCCGCUGAUGAAAGAAAUAUUACAGUGCUUUACAAAGAUUGCGACUGUCCAGAUGGCAACGUGUGCGUGUUUGAGAGGGAUAUGCUAGACGGAUGUGCAGGAGAUGAAAACUGCAUGCAUUACGUGGACUCUGCUUCAAGAAGGAAUCGAUCUCUCAGCCGAUAUGUGUGCAGAAAAAGAAUAAAUGUGAAUAAUUAUAGCAAAUUUUUCGUGGAACAAGUACAAUACAUUAUUUCUGAAAUGCGUCUCCUCAGAUACGAGAGAAAGUACAUCUCUACAUUAACCAGAAAGCUCGUACGUCGAAGAAAUGACAGAGUUCCAGCUGACACAAUUGAAAAAGAAAUAGCUUAUCUAGAUAAUAUUUUACCUUACUUCAAUACUCAUGUUGCCUACCUCGAGAAAAUAGCAGCUGGCAUGCAAAAUUUGAAAGUCCCUCCAGAGGGUACAUUUGCUUACAGUGAAAUUAAUAGUCUCAACAAAACUAUUCAAAAAAUCGUUUACAGAACGGAAAGAAUUAUCUGGUCCCACAGCCGAUCCCUUCGAAAAAGACAACGAAAGAAGCUCAAGGCAAGAACGAAAGGAUAACUUACCCGUUCUUCUUAUAAUGUUUUCACCGAAACAUGAAUGAUAACAACUCACUCUUUCAAUGUAAACUUUUGAUUAGAUGUACUCACUUAAUGUAAAUCGGGAUUCUUGCGUCUAAUACUAAGUUCUCU